AUGGCCCUUUCGGCCUGCUUCACCGCCGCCUCGCGACGGCUGACGAGACAAUGCGCCCUGCCUUUGCCGCUACGGCGGCACCUCUGCUCCUCGAGUGACGACGACAUCCCCGGCCUCCGCCGCAACGCCUUCCGAAAGCCACCGGCGGACGGCGCCGUCGGCCCAGCCGCAAAGCGCAAGAUUCUGGCACGCCAGAAGGCGAUAGCGCUCGAGACGGCGCCGAAGACGGGUCCGAUUGCGAGGGUCGCGCAGGGCCAGCCGGGCUUCCUCGGGGCUCUCCUCCUCUUCGACGGCCAGACGCGCGCGCAGUCGAUCACUCUGUGGGAAAAGGAGGCGGGCCUGCGCCUCUCUCGCUCCUCGCGAGCCCCUCUCACAGAGUCGCUCGACGCCGCGGUGGGCACAGAGCGCUACGGCGCCUCCAGCUCGGCCAUGCAAAAGCUGGGCGCACGUGCAGCCCGUCACACGCCUGGUGGCGGCGGGCACUCGAACCACAAGCAGCAUUGGAGCGCGGCCACCUUUGUGCCCAUGCAAGGCGGCCCCUCCAUCUCCGUCGUGCAGCGAUCGGUGCGGCCAACGUCGGUGCAGACGACCCCCGUCGAGAUGGAGGCGCGAGAGUGA